AAAAAAUGACUAAAUCAAAAAGAGCUUGACCCAUAAAAUAUCCGCUCCAAAUAGGUUCCCCCAAAGGCACAAUGGCGAGUUUCCUAAUCCCCAGCUCAGCCUCUCUUACAGUCCCCAUCUCCGCCACACCCGUUCGUGCCUCCUUCAAGCCUAUGCACUUGCCAACCUCGCCGGCAACUCGCUUCGCCGGAGAUUGUCAAACGAGGAGACGUUUGACUGUGGUCACACGUGCGGGUCCCAGCACGACCAGCUACGUGAUUGCAUUCGUGUUCCCUCUGUCUCUCCUCCUUGGCACCAUCUUCACCUCUAUUAAAAUUGCUGAUAAGCUUGACAGAGAAUAUCUGGAGGAGCUUGCAAUUAAUCAAGCAAUCAGGGAAGCAGAUGAAGAGGAUGGUGACGAUGAUGUCGACUUUCCCAUAAAGGAUGAAGUGCAGCAGCCUGCUCUUCAAGGCACACGAACUCGCAACCGACCCAAGCGGGAGGCCUAGGCUUCAGUAUGUAUAUAUAUGCUUAUUUGUAUAGUUAGGAUUUCCUUUUUUAUCUGGAGUUGUAUGCAUUAGUACGCACCAGUGUAGAAAGCCAAUUGUAGCUCCCCUGUAAUUUAGAGUGCACUUCUGACUUCAAAUUGCUAUAAUGAUUAUCACUGAGAUUUUGGUUGAAA